AAGUGAAGUAGUGAAGUGAACUGUAUUAUUGACUAUAGGCCUACAUGUACUCUAAAAGAGGCAAAUAUUGUUUAAUUUUACUCGUAUCACCUCUAAUUUAAUCAAAUAACAGAUAACUUUGAGAAAGAAUCACUCACUAGCAUAACUCCUAAUGGGAAAGAAGAAAGGAGGAGGAGGUAAAGGAGGAGGAGGAGGAGGCGGCGGUGGCGGCGGAGGAGGUCAACAACCUCCAUCACAGCAACAACCUCCACCCCAGCAACAACAACCUCCACCCCAGCAACAACAACCUCAACCCCCGCGACAGCAGCAACAGAGGGCAGGCCCCCCUCCUGGGCCAGAUUUCGCUGGUGGAGGAGAUUUCCCCAGCAUUGGAGGGGGAGGAGGUGGUGGGAGAGGAGGUGGGAGAGGAGGUCGGGGCAGAGGACAGGAUGGAGGCCGAGGCGGACGCGGUGGUAGACAAGGAAGAGGAGGGGAAGGAGAUGGACCACAGGGUCCACCUCAAGCGCCAGCCCAAGGACAAGGAAGAGGGCAAGGACCUCCAGGAGCCCAGAGUUUUCCACCACCGGGAUUACAAGCUCCACAACAUCAAGGAGGUCCAUUUCAGCAACGAGGACCCCCUCAACAAUUUCAGCGAGGACCCCCUCCUCAGCAAGGACCCCCUGCUCAACAAUGGGGACCUCAACAACAGCAACGAGGACCCCCUCCUCAGCAACAGGGAGGACAGUUCCAGCCACGAGGACCCUCUCCUCAACAACAGGGAGGACAGUUCCAGCCACGAGGACCUGCUCCACAACAACAAUUCCAGCAACGAGGACCCCCUCCUCAGCAACAGGGAGGACAGUUCCAGCCACGAGGACCUGCUCCACAACAACAAUUCCAGCAACGAGGACCCCCUCCUCAGCAAUAUCAACAAGGACCUCCUGUUCAACAACAAGGGCCACCUCAACAACAACCUCAAGCAAGACCACCUCCCCAACAACAGGCUAAACAGGGGUCACCUGAAUGGUCAGAUGCUUCAUCCGACUCAUCUAGUUGGGCUGGGGACAUUACUGCGGGAAUAUCUCAAGUGUCUAUCACAAUGUCACCGAAGAGAUCCGACACAUCUGCUGGCUUGUGGAAGAUACCUGAGCGGAAGAUAAAAUGUGAUAAAAACAUGAUGGUCGGGACAAGGGGAAGACCCAUUAACCUUGAGGUCAAUCAUCUUGCGCUGACCUUGAAUAAAAUUGGUUUAGCAAUUCACUAUGAUGUUGACUUCAAGCCAGAUGUUCCGAAAAAAAUGCUGAGAAAAGCAAUGGAAGAGAUGAGGAAGCGGCAUUUCCCUUCCCGCCACCCGGCAUUUGAUGGACGGAAGAAUCUCUACUCGUACGGUGACCUACCUAUACCUGGAGAUGGGGUGACUGAUACAGUCUCAGUAAGUGAUGAGGAACGUGACAGACCCAAGGAGUUUAUUGUUACAAUCAAACGAGUAUCAUCUGUGGACCUGGGGCAGAUCGCUGCCUACCUCAACAAUGGAGUUGGGUUUCCCCAGGAUGCUAUUCAAGCUCUGGAUAUUGCCUUGCGUAACCCCUCCGCAAUGAGGUUUACUCCAGUCGGCCGAUCUUACUUCACCCGGCCAAGUAACCGAAUCAUCCAACUCGGCAAUGGCUUGGAGCUUUGGUAUGGUUUCUACCAAAGUGCCAUCUUAGGGUGGCGUCCCUUCCUCAACGUUGAUGUUGCCCACAAAGGGUUCCCGGAGGCGAAAAAUCUUCUGGACGUCAUGCUUAUGAUUAAAGAUAAGAACAAGCGCUGGAACGACCCUGGAUCCACAUUAGACGAUUUACAACGUAACGGACUGCAGCGUUAUGAGAUAGAAGACUUUGUCAAGUUCAUUAGAGGUCUCAAGUGUGAGUGUAUGCUGCCUAACCAGCCCCACACUCGGAGAGUGUACAAGAUGAACGGUUGCAAAAAACCCUGCUCCGAGCACAGGUUCCGUCUUGAGAACGGGACACAAAUGACCAUCGGGGAGUAUUAUCAGCGAGAGAAAAACUACAGGCUGAGAUUCCCCCAUCUUCCCAGCAUCUGGGUCGGCCCGGAGAACAAAGAAAUCUGUCUGCCACCUGAGCUUUGUACUGUUCUUCCUGGUCAAGUGACCAAUCGCAAGAUGGAUGAGGUUCAGACGGCUGCUAUGGUGAAAGCUGCAGCAAGACCUGCUGACGAGCGCAAGAAGAAGAUCUAUGAAGCUAUGGCGUCUGCUGGAUUCAACAAAGAUCCGUGCAUCACUAAUGAGUUCGGUAUCUCCGUUGCUCAAGAGUUCCAAAAGAUCAAGGGCCGAGUUCUAGAAGCUCCGGCACUCGAAUACGGAAACAAGAAGAUGGUAAGGUCUAGGGCAGGCGUGUGGAGGGCAGAACAAUUCAUGAAGCCCAUGAACCUGGAGAGAUGGGUUGUGAUUACAUUGUGUCGCCGGGGAGAUGAACCUUCACUGAGAAACUUUGCUCGUACAAUGAAUCAGCAAGGCCGAACACUUGGCAUGAACAUUGCUGAGCCGUUCAAGUACGUAGUUCUUUCAAACAUCGAGAACCUCAAUCGAGUGAACGGCGAUCAGUUAAAGCGUAUCAUCGGGCCUCACUUCCAAACAUACAAGAAGGAAGGAGCUCAGUUGGUGGUGGUGAUCAUACCUGAUCAGCCAAAGGAAACGUACAGCAAGGUUAAACUGACGGCUGAGAUAGACACAGGUCUACUUACACAGUGUAUCAAGGAAAGAACCUUUCAAAAAAUGAAUCCAGCUACUGCAGGGAAUAUUCUCCUCAAGAUCAAUGCCAAACUCAAUGGCAUCAAUCAUUCAGUUGACAGGAACAGAUGCCCUAUAAUCAUGAGAGAGCCGACAAUGUUGGUAGGGGCUGAUGUCACUCACCCCUCCCCAGACCAGACCAACAUCCCUUCAGUGGCUGCGGUGGCUGCCAGCCAUGAUCCCAGAGCCUUCAUGUACAACAUGAUCUGGAAACUUCAACCUCCCCGCGUGGAAAUCAUCCAGGAAUUGGAGGAGAUCAUGAAGAAACAGCUCAUGUUUUUCUACAAGAAGACUGGUCAUAAACCGGUCAAGAUCGUCUUCUACAGGGAUGGAGUCAGCGAAGGACAGUUUAAUCAGGUUCUGUCAGCCGAGAUGUCUGCGAUCAGGAGAGCUUGUCAGAGCUUGAGUUCCGACUACAAGCCAGCCGUGUUGUUCCUGGUGGUGCAGAAGCGCCAUCACACAAGAUUCUUCCCCACUCGCCCGGAAGAUGAGGACGGGAAGAACAAGAAUGUGCCUCCUGGCACCAUUGUGGAUACGAUGAUCACACAUCCGAAGGAGAUGGACUUUUACUUGGUCAGCCAUGCUAGUCUGCAGGGUACCAGCCGACCCACCAAGUACCAUAAACUUUACGAUGACAUAGACAUUGGAGAGGACGACUUGGAGGAGUUGACAUACUAUUUGUGCCACUUGUUCUCUCGUUGCACUCGCUCUGUCAGCUACCCGGCACCGACAUACUAUGCCCAUCUGGCAGCAGCUCGGGGCAGAGUCUACUUGGAGGGGGCUGGCAUCAAUCUCACGAACCUUAAACAGGAGAUGAACACCCGAACAAUUCAAGAGGUUAUCGUCAACGACUCUCCCAUGUUUUUUGUGUAAAUUGUUGUCAUUACAUUACUGAAAAAAUGCUGUUGUUUCUGCCUCGCAUUGUCUAUAUUGUUCUAUAUGGGAUGGGAUCGAUUAACCAUUUAUUGCUUAGGAUCUGUAAUUUAUUUGGAAAGAUCUUUGGAUGUACUGCAGUUCAUAUAGCCAACCUGCAUUUACAAUCUUUAAUGUUAUCAAGAAUCUUUUUUAUAUUAUUCGUUUGUAAGUUUUCAUGUAGUACCAAUUAAUUUUGUUUAUCAAGCAGCAACAUCUAUGUUUUCCCCCUUUGAUUUUACCAUUUCUUACUAAGAAUUUGUUGUUUGUGAAAUAAUCAUCUUUUGAAGCUAGUGCAAUUCAUAUAGCAACCUGCAUUACCAACUAGUUUAAUAUUUAUUCAUCCAAGUACCAAUUCAUCUUGUUUUUCAAGAAGCAACAUACGUUUUGGUUUGAAUUUGGUUCAAGUUUAGUUACUAAUGAAAUGAUGAAAUAUGGUAAUUGAAAUGAUUUUGUACAAUUGAAACACAUUGUGUGUACAGAAAGAUGUAGUUUGUAUUCAGAUAUUUAUUAAUACAUUUUAUAAACCAA